AACACGAGUUUCAUUACGAUUGGGUAGCGAUUUGAGUUUUUUCCACCCUAACCAGAAGUAAGAUUAAAGACGAUAUAGGAGAGAGACGAAGAAUUUUUUUUUGUCGAGUUAGGUUUUGAAAUCGAUUCACUGAGUCUUCUAUAUAGUGUUCUUUUUUUUUUCUUUCUGCUUUUACUGAUUCUUCGCCGAAUUAAACUCUCACUCCGAUCUUCUUGAUUUUGUUUAUAGUAUCAUUAAGAUCAGAUUUUCCGGCGAGAAGUUUGGGGUUUUUUUCCGAUGAUUUUUUAGUGUGUUGUGAAUUCCCGUUUUUGUCCCUAAUCUUGUUGCCAAUUUCGUGCUGAAAUAUGAGAUAUGAGGGUUUCUAUUUGUUGAUAAAAAAUAAAUAAAUAUUUUUGAUAUUUUUGGUGGGAUUGGAUAAUUUUUAUUUUAUUUUGGAUCAAUUUCUUGGAGUAUUGUGUUGUGUGUGUGAGAAUUUUUGGUGGCAUUCAAUUUUGGGAAAUGGUCCUGUAAAUCCAAUUCCAAUCAAAUUAAGCUCUUCAAUUUGCCUAGUUGAGUUUUGAUCUGUUUCAGAAUUGCUUUUGUUUUUUAAUCUUUAAUAUAAUAGAUAUAUUUUCAAUUUUGGCUUUUAUCAAUUAAUAUAAUUGGAUUAUGAGUUUAUUGGGUUGAAUAUAUUUAUUUAUAUAGUAAUUUUUUGGUUGAUGAAUGGAUCAAUUUUUCUGAUAUAGUGGUCACUGCAACCGGCAGAACCACUGGCCAUUCCGUGUCUCAAUUUUUUCGGCCUCCGAUUCUUUCAGAGUUUCUUUAACCAUUGCUGUAACCCUUUUAGGUUUACAAUUUUGCAACUAUGGCUGUGUCUUUGACACGUUUGUCUUGGUGGUUAUGGGGUGGUAGUAAGGAAAAGAAGCCUGUUGUUGAUGGCAAUACAUCUUCACUGAAAGAAAGUGAGUCUUUGAAGUUCCCUUUGGUGAAGGGAACAAAUCAAAGGAGGGUUAAGAAGAAGUGGCGGAGUAGGGAAGAGAAGAGAGUUGAUAGAGAGUGUGAUGUUGUUUUAGUAUCAUCUGAUGGUGGUGGUGGUUGUUUAUCAGGCUCUGAAUCUGAUGACUCAGAUUGGUCUAUUGGGUGGUUAGAGCCUCAUGGUUCUGAUUUUCAGAGUGAUGAUGAGUCUGAUAGUAGUUUCGCUGUUUUGGUUCCUUGUUAUAGACCUGGCUGCAAGGAAGUGGAGGGAUCAAAUAAUCAUCUUUUGACCGCGAUCAAGAAUCUACCAAAUGAAUUUUCUUCUGCCGGAAACAAUUACUUGGAACAAUGGUUGGCUUCACUUCAGAAAUUUUGAAGCAUAGAAAACCACUUCCUGUGUGUUUGUCAACACAGUUUUCGACCAAUGGCUGUGCCAUUGAAGAAUUUCUAUUUGCGUUAGCAAACAUACACAGCUUCAUCUUUUAUAACUAAGGACCUUUCUGACCACCUUCUUGAAAUAAAGGAGGCAAAAAUAAUUCAUUAUGCAUCCAAUAUAAUUUUUUGUACAUAGAAUCCAUUUCUCUUAUUGUAAAAGCUCAAUUUGCAAUGCAAAAUUUGGAGCUAGAACAUAACGAUAUUGCCACUUUUACUAAAGAAUUUUCUGUUGCGGUACAAAAGAGUUUCUCUUGAAAGAAAAUCAAAAUUAUAUGAAAAUAGGAUGUCAUAUAGAGUUUAUGUUUUUCCCUA